AUGUCGCGGCUGCCAACGCUCACAACGCCUGGCCGCCUCAACGGCUCACCAGGAAACGCUGCCUCUGGUAUCCCAGGCCCCACGACACGCCGCCCCCGCUCCUCCUUGGGCCCAAGCAAUGUCCCGGCCACCUUGACCAAGAACGAUCCCGAAAGGGAUCAAGCCUACAGCGACCUCGUCAUGCGUCGUCGUCCACCAUCGUCACAGGGCCGUAGCAUGGGCCCAAAGGACUCUGACCCAGAUACGCCGACCCAAAGUAGAGGUGGACCAGCCCAGUCCUUCCUCCAGACGCCGAGCAACAACUCGGGCCUGAACUCGUCCAGGUCUCCAGGCCUUCGUCCGCGCACACCCUCGUCUAUUACGACGUCGUCUUCGCGAGUGAACUCACGCACCUCUCUCUCGGCUCGCUCCUCGUUGGCAAGUUCUUCAAACACGCCUGCACGACGACCGAGUAUGGCAUCCUCCACUUCUACGCCCUCGUACCGAAGGCCCGAGUCGCGAGCCGGCCUGGAGAGCACCAAGUGGACUCCAACUGUCGGUGAGCGUGUGCGACUGCCCUCUCACGGCUACGAGGGCACGCUGCGUUACCUGGGCCCGACCCACAUCCGAGAUGGCAUCUGGGCAGGUGUCGAGCUGGAAGGCGGCUUCAAGGGCAAGGGAAGGAACGACGGCUCUGUUGACGGCGUCAAGUACUUUGAAUGCGAGCCCAACUGUGGCAUCUUCGCACUCGCUGAGAAGCUCGCACCGCCUACCGCCGCACCAACACCAGCCUCUCGCCCUGCAUCGGUGGCUUCGCAUCGCUCCCUGACCUCGUCGUACUCGGCCUCGGGCCGAGCGACACCCGCUUCGGAGAGGAACAGGCGUGGAGCAACGACGCCUAGCUUUGGCACCCGAUCCGUGACCACCCGGACACCGAGGAAGGUGGAGGACGAUAGUGCUGGGCCGAAGAGCGCUGCACACGCAGCUGCCAACAUCACCGAAGGGUCGCGUGCUAGCAAGUACCUCGGCAUGACCGCUAAGCAGCUGGACGCCAGGUCAUCCGAGACGGCCUCCGCUGGGUCAGGACUCAACAACUCUCUGACUCCCAAGGCUACCAAGAUUGGCACGACGACUCCUGGGCGGGGACCUAGGCCGAGCGUGGCAAGUUCAUUGGCCACUCCCAAGGCUCGCGUGGCACGGCAAUCUGAGAUGAUGCCCCCACCGCCUUCCCCUCAGGCCUCCAAGAAUACCGCUGCCAAUACUGCUGCUCUCGAAAGGGAGAUCGAGGAACUGCGCCGUCGGAACAUGGAGCUCGAGGACCAGGUUGCCAGCAUUCCCGACACUUCCGGCGACGCGGAGAAGCUGGAGGCGCUCCAGACCGACGUCGAGAACGCCAAGGCUGAGGCGGACGCUCUCCGCAUCCAGCUAUCUGCCUCCAGCGGCGAUGCUGAGGGUGUUAAGCUGAAGGUAGAGGAACUGCAAACUUCCAGCAGCAAGCUCAAGGAGGAUCUAGCAGCUAAGGAGCGCGAGGUCGCGGAGCUGCAAAAGGAGAUGCGUAUCUCGACCGAGCGCGCUGCUCACGAGCUCGAGGCCGGUAUGGAUGCGAGGCGUGAGGAGAUGCGUAAGGUUGAGGAACGUGCAGACGCAGCCGAGACGGAGGUGGGCCAACUGAAGAAGCUCACCGACGAGCUGACAAGUGCUGGCAACCAAAUCAUCGAGAUCAACGAGAACAAGCAGUUCCAGCUCGAGAUGCAGGUACGCGAGCUCGAGGAGAAGCUGGUCAAGGCUACGGAGGAGGCAGCUGCUGCUAAAGAGAAGGCCCACGUCGCGCAUGUGGACAACAAGCCACGCACAGCCGCUGAGAUCGACAACGAGACCCUCACCGACCAGAUCAAGCACCUCCAGAGCAGAAUCCUUCACCUUGAGGAGCAACUUGAGGACACGCGUAGUCAGGCGGAGACCGACUCGGACGCGUGGCAGGCCAAGUACGACAAGUCGCGCGAUGCGGAGAAGACUGUGGAGGCUGAAGUGCAGCGUACCAAGGCGGAGAUCAUCAAGCUCCACACGGACGCGACUGCGGCCAAGGAGCGCAUCACAGAGCUCCAAGGCGCCCUCACCGAGAAUCAGACUGCUCUCGAGAGCGCCCGGGCGGAGAUUGAGACGUUACGGCAGGAGGCUACUGAGCGGCCCGACGAGGAAGGCGACGCCAAGGCCGGCGAACUGAAAGAGCAGCUCGAGGAAGCGGACAAGCGAGUCACGGAGCUCGAGGCCAAGGUUGUUCAGCUCGACAUCGAACUACAGUCUGCGCGCAAGCGCUCGAUUGAUGGUGACAUCCCGGUUGGUCGUGCACCCCGCAAGUCGAGCAGCUCGAUUGAGGAGGCCGAGAAGUCGAUCCGCGGCUACCAUCACAUCAUCGCCGAGAUGAAGGAGGAGAACUCGGGGCUCAAGAGCAAGCAGACGGACUUGCAAGACGAGAUCGGCAUGCUCAAGGAGGAGAUUAAGCUCCUUCAGGAGAUCAACGACUCGGAAACGCCUAAUGGCAAUGGCGGUGGUUCCGAGGAGACGGUCAAGCUGCGUGGCACCGUCUCACAGCAGAGCCAAGUGAUCAAGGAGUUUGAGCGCGAGGUGUCCGAGCUCGAGUCGCUCGUCGAGUCCAAGAUUUAUCGCGAGGACGAGCUCGAGACACGCGUGCACGAACUGGAAGCGGAGAUGGAGCGGCUGCGCAACGCCAAGCCUGCGCCGGCACCCAGCUCUGUUCCCGCUGUUCCCUCUGUUCCCGCUGUUCCCUCUGUUCCCUCUGUACCCUCUGUACCCUUACACAGCCGCAACCCAUCCGAGCAGUCGAACGGCUCGACGACCGUCAGUGCGGGGAGCAGCGAGACUGUCCUGCGCUGUGAGCUGUGCGAGGGUCCACACGAGCUCGAUGCGUGUCCUGUGUUCACUGGCGCGCCGCUUGAGGGCGGGAGCACAUCGCCACUCAACAUAAAGAAGGGCAAGAAGUGGUGCAACGACUGCGAGAGCGCGGCACACAACACUGCCGAGUGUCCGCUCGCUGAGGACGUGUUCUAG